GAACUGCUGGAGUUUGGAGAAUCCAAGCCAUUAAUGAUGCCGGCGGCUGGGAAGACAGAACUACUGUCGAAGACAUGGAUUUGGCCGUCAGAGCAAGUCUUAAAGGCUGGAAAUUUGUCUAUAAUGGAAGCAUCAAGGUUAAAAGCGAAUUGCCAAGCACUUUCAAGGCCUACCGUUAUCAACAGCAUAGAUGGUCAUGUGGCCCAGCAGUCUUGUUCAAGAAAAUGUUUUGGGAGGUUAUAUUUGCAAAGAAGGCCUCCUUUUUGAAGAAAUUAUACCUGAUCUACAGCUUCUUCCUAACCCGGAGAAUUCUAGCUCAUAUUGUCACCAAUUUCUUCUUCUGUGUGUUUAUUCCCCUAACAGUUUUCUUCCCAGAAAUUCAAAUCCCUAAAUGGGGUUUGAUACAUGUACCAGCUGCAAUCAGCAUUUUAAAUGCCGUUGGAACACCAAGUUCUAUUCAUCUAAUUGUUUUUUGGGUACUGUUUGAGAAUGUGAUGGCGUUGCAUCGUUGCAAAGCGGUUAUUAUCGGAUUAUGCGAAGCUGGACGUGCGACUGAAUGGAUUGUCACCCAAAAAUUAGGAGAUGUUGCCAAGGCUAAAACAAAUCCAGUCAUUUAUAAACAAUCAAUAGUUAGACGUUCGGAUAGAUUUUAUUCACUGGAGGUGUUUAUGGGCGUCUUCCUGUUAGUAUGUGGGUGCUAUGACUACAAAUUUAGAAGCGAACGUUUCUUCAUCUUCUUCUUCAUGCAAUCCAUCGCCUUCUUCGUCAUGGGAUUUGGUUAUGUUGGAACAAGAAUUCCAAGGGCCAAUUAGCUUUAUAUCUUGCUGCCUUUUUUUUUUUCUUUUAUUAUUACUAUUAUUACUAUUCCAUUAUUAUUAUUACCAUUAAUAUUAA